AUGAACCUUUUCACAAUCCUCGCCUGGGGCAUGCUCGUCCCCAUUUCCCUUUCAUCCCCAACAGCAAUAAACAAAAUGACAUUAGCCCCCGGAAUCGCACAAUCCCUCACCUGCUCCGAACUGGCAACCGUCAACACCAGACUCGACAGCCUAAUCCGCUACGCAUUCCCUCCCGAAGUCCCCGGAGAAAAGGCCUACGCUGUGCAGGGCUUCACGCACUCGUAUAAGUUCCUGAUUAACAGCAUGCACCACUCUGACUGCGCUGCUGAGGCGCAGAAAGCUAUGGCGGAGACGGAGUCUGUGCCGAUGCAUCUGCCCAUGUCUAUGUCUAUGUCCGCGGGUGAGGGGUAUGAUGUUGAGAGUUAUUUGAUGGGACACCGUAAUGGUAUGAAGGCUAAGCGGCAAGAAGAUGGGACUAAUACGAUACUUUGUUUGGUUAUUGAUGCGCUGCUGGAAGGGGUUGGAAGUGGUGCAGCCACUGCCAUGACCACCGCUGCGGCUGCGGCUGUACCGACGCUGGUAGCAAGGCAGGAUACUGGAAUCGUGCAGCAGUUACUUACGCUGCUUGGGGAGAUUCUGGGUAUUGUUCUUGGAUGUGAUGAGUCGGGGUCUGGGUGA